GGAAAAAAUCGACAAACUCCAAUGCGCAGGCUUAUAAGAAAUUUACCAGAAGUUGCUGAAAAGGUUAUGGACAAAUGCAUUACCGAAGCUACAAAAUUAGUCAAGAAGAAUGGUGAAAAUGUUGAAAAAAAGAUUCCCCAAAGACAUUACAUGGUAAACUUUUUGGAAAAUCUUGAUGAUACAAAAGAAUAUAAGAAUCAGACAGAUGAAAUACAAAAUCACUGUCUGACAUUGAUAAUGAAAUCGAACCGACGUGAACUGAUGUACCAUCCACUUGUAAAAAGAAUUUUGAAGCACAAAUGGGAAAACAAAAACCUGAGAAUUUUUUAUUGGCUGGCAUUUCUGCUCUAUAUUUCUUUCAUGGGUUUGUUCAAUGUUUUCAUGAUGACAAUUCCGCCGCCCUACGCUAUAAAUAUCACAUCAAAUUCAAAUGGAGAAAUGUGUGUACAGAUGGUACCUGAGGCUCAAAGUGUAUGGGGUGAUUCUUGCGUUGCAAAGCGCGGUCUUUGGUACGUCGGAUACGCUUCAGGUUGCCUAGCUUUUCUUAAUCUACUGAAAGAGUUUUUCCAAGUUCCCGGAGAAAAACUUGAUUACUUCAAGAACGCAACAAACUGGAUUGAACUAUUUUUGUUUUGUACUUCGAUAGCAACGGUUUUUCCAUUUACUUCUUUCACGCGAAAGUACGGAAUAUUAGAGGAAUGGCAGUGGAAAAUGGGGACAAUUGAUAUCUUUCUCUCUUGGAUUGUUUUAUUGUUGUUCGUGGAAGCAAUACCAAACUUCAACCUCGGAAUUUAUGUUGUGAUGUUUAUAAAGAUCCUUAAAACAUUUUUCAGAUUUUCCAUUGUUCUGGCUCUUUUUGUUUGUGCAUUCGGAUUCAGUUUUUAUAUCGUUUUUCAAAAUCAGAUUGUUUUUGGAAAUUUAUGGAACUCGGUUUUGAAAACAAUUGUCAUGAUGAUUGGGGAAAUCGAAUAUGAAUCAAUUUUCACAGCGGAACACACGAGCUCUGAAUAUUCCGACCAGGUAUACUACGAAGUAGUAUCUUACAUCGUAUUUGUUGCAUUCUUGAUAAUUAUGAGCAUCAUCGUGAUGAAUAUGUUGGUUGGUUUAGCUGUGGAUGACAUUAAAGAAGUUAUAAAAGAGGCAGAAAUGGAAUCAAGAGUCUUGUAUGUGGACUUACUGUUAAAGACAGAAAAGAUGUUACCCUGGAAAAGUACUAGUACAAUGUAUAGUCCCAUACCUAAGAGUAAAUUAACUUGGUACGGGAAAGAUUCUAAAUGGAUUGAAGUUUCAGAUGAAGGUUCAUCAGAAUGGAUUGGAAUCACUGACGAUUUGGAAGAAAUAAAAGAUGCUCAAACAUCAAUCCGGGGAAGAAAAACAAAAGACGAAGCUGUUAAAAAUCAAGUGAACAAGCUGCGCUUACGAGUAUAUGAUGUUAACAAACGCGCUCAAAGCAUUGAAACCAUGAUGAAAAUGCAUAUGGGAAAGAAUAAAUAUGAUUGGAAAGAUGAUAACGACGAUCUUGAUCUUUGAAUAUGUUUUUCUGUUUGGAACAUACUCGACUUUAUUGUUCAAUUGGAGCGCGCGCGAGUCAUUGACCCGCACAUAAUUAUAAUUUGAACAAACAACUAGAACUGUUUGCCACAGAUUCCCUAUUUGUUGACAAGUGGUGUAUAGUUUGUUCAAAACAACAAAAACGUCAUUUAAGUUACUGUUUUGGUAAACAGGAUUUAAAUUCUCUUCAGCGUUGGUUUUUUUAUGAUCCUAACUCUAACUAUAUUUUCCUAUACAAUUAAAAGCCAUAGUAUAAUCAAAAAGGAUCUUCUAUGUUCUUAUUAUUCUUCCAGGUAAAUUGCAAAGCACCUAAAACACGGUGGAAAUGAAAUAUCCACAGACACUGACCUCAAAAAUUACCGCUCAAUUCGCCCGUCAAAUAUUGAGACUAUCUUCUCCAGUUGUGCGCAAUCUAUUUCAAAACUACUCAUAUCUUAAAUAUAUUUUCGACAAUGUUCAUAUAUACGAAUUACAAAAUAAAUCAUGAAUUUGAACAAAAAAUUCCCAGAAUAAAUUUUACAUUCUAUACAUCUAUUUUGUUCAAUCUCAAGCUCUGAAACAAGGGCAAGUAAUGGAAACUCAUUAAAACCGUCUUGAUCUUGACUGCAAUCUGCAAUCGUUUUUUAUUUAUCAAAUUAGAUUUUUAAAAGUAUAGUUAGUAUUGCGAGAUUUGUCAUGAGAUUUUGGAUGCUAUAUUUUUUUUAUUAGGAUCUAAACGUACAAUUACAAAUAUACAUUUUGAGAUCUAUAAUGCUUUCCAAUGCAAUGAACAUGUAUAUAUGUGAAUAAAGUUUUUUGUUAACGCA